CUAGCGGUGGAGUGUUCAUCAUUUGAACCACCCUAUUCUCGUGAUUACUCUCUGACUUGUGAAGAGCAAAUCGAAGCAAACAGAAAUGCAAUCCAGGCAAGAGAACGAUUUCUUUAAACAGUCCAAGAAGAAAAGAAACUGCUCCAAUUUCAGAAAGAGUUGAAAUUUGAAUGCGAACAACAAGAACAUUUGGAGCAGAUGCAAAAGAUGCUAGAAGAUUUUAUGAAGGCUAUGGAACAACAAACUCUUCAGAUUCAGUAUCAACAACAAGAAAAGAUGGAGAAGGUUUUUGCUCUAGAAGAGGACAAAGAAUCUGAGACAGAAUCUGAAACUGAAUCCAACAAUGUCUUGAUUCUUGAAUAUCCACAAACUUCAUCACCAUUGUAUAUCGAAAACAAGAUAACACUUGCAGCAAUAAUUGCACAAGGUACAGUGGUGAUGCUUCUUGAAAGGCCAAAAAGUCAAAUCGUACAAGAGGUGAAGCAUACCGAGGGUCCUGUCUCGAAAUCGCCUUCACCCGCUACACCAGAAACAUUGGAGGAACUUGUCCUCCUUACAUGUGUUGAAGACACUUCUCUAGAGGAACCUAUUCUGGAGAAAUCUGAGCCCACCACUAACCCCUUUGAUACUAAUGAGUCUGAACAAUCUAUAGACGAGGAACUACCCUGUGAUGCUGAAUCCAUCCCGUUUAUAGAAGUUCUUAACACUGAAGUCUCAUUGGAGGAUUCAGACGAAGCCUUCUUUGACUCCCUAUUUGACGGGUACGACCAUUCUUACCCGAAGGAAAGUUAUAGUCAAAUGAGCUGGGACGAACUCUUGAUGAGCGACACUGAAGACUCAGGGGAAGGACAUGUCGUAAUCAUUGAGCCAUCAACAGAAAGUCAGCCUAUUAAGGACUUAAAAAAUCAGAUCCUGGCACUGAAGGCCAAUGAUGUGGAUACACCGAGGAGACUCCCACCACCACCCGUCCAAGGCGAGUCUCCUCAAUUUUUCCUGUUGCCACCAAGCCGCAGGAAUGAGUCAAAGAUCCUGGACUUUGACUGGAUAAAAAUAAAACAAAGUUCUAUGUCGUGUGAUGAGGCUUUUGAGUGAAUAAAAUCCAAAAAGCUCAUGGUUCUAUGUCAUGGGAUGAGGAUCAAAGUUUUUGCUUGUGUCAACAUGACAAAGUGAUGUUCUACAAAAAAAAUCAAACUUACUCUUUGCAUAGGAAUAAAUGAUAAUUUCAGAAAAGUUUUUUUAAAUUUUGUUUUUCAAUGUACAUAUUUUUGACCUUAAAUUAUUUUACAGUUAUUACAAAACAAUUACAAUUCUUUUGUUUUAAACUUUAGUAUUCAAGUUUGUAAAUGGACAACUUUUACAUUUAGCCAAUAACAUUAAUUUAUGGGA